CCCCCGGGUACAGCACCCCAACUCCCGCAGGAGCGGGACUGCGUGCGGCGCAGAGCUUCCCGGAGCCCGGCCAAGGUGGCUGUCCAGCCCCGGUAGCCCCGGCCCCGCUGCCCGUGACCCCAGAUGCCCAUCCAGCCGGCAAGCAAGGACGCAGAAGAGAUGGAAGCAGAGGGCGACUCCGCGGCCGAGCUGAACGGUGAGGAGGAGAGUGAGGAGGAGCGGAGUGGCAGCCAGACCGAGUCGGAGGAGGAGAGCUCAGAGAUGGAUGACGAGGACUACGAGCGGCGGCGCAGCGAGUGUGUGAAUGAGAUGCUGGACCUGGAGAAGCAGUUCUCGGAGCUGAAGGAGAAGUUGUUCAGGGAGCGGCUGAGUCAGCUGCGGCUGCGGCUGGAGGAAGUGGGGGCCGAGAGGGCCCCCGAGUACAUGGAGCCUCUCGGGGGGCUGCAGCAGAGCCUCAAGGUCCGCAUUCAGGUGGCAGGCAUCUACAAGGGCUUCUGUCUGGACGUGAUCAGGAACAAGUAUGAGUGUGAGCUACAGGGUGCCAAGCAGCACCUGGAGAGUGAGAAGCUCCUGCUGUACGACUCGCUGCGGGGCGAGCUGCAGGAGCGGAUCCAGAGGCUGGAAGAGGACCGCCGGAGCCUGGACCUCAGCUCUGAGUGGUGGGACGACAAACUCAGCGCCAGAGGUGGCACCAAGACCUGGGACUCGCUGCCCCCCAGCAAGAGGAAGAAGGCACCUCUGGUUUCCGGCCCUUACAUUGUAUACAUGCUGCAGGAGGUGGACAUCCUGGAGGACUGGACGGCCAUCAAGAAGGCGCGGGCAGCCGUGUCCCCUCAGAAGAGGAAAGCAGAUGGCCCCCAAGCUGACCUGGGCCGGCCAAUACCAUCACCUCCAUCCCUGGCCAGCUCCUUCCCGGAGAUCUGCCUCCUCAGUGCCCCCUCCCCACGAAGAGGGACCUUGACCUAAGCCAAAGCAACGUGAUCUUCCUGCUGACCCUGGCCCCUGGCUGUCCAGCUGCAGGAUGCCCCUGCAGGCAGAGCCAGAAUGAGUUUUUGUUGUUGUUUUAGGGAGGGUGUGGGGCUUAUGCACCAGGCUAGAGCUGGAGGUGCGAUGCCAGGCCCCGCAGUUUCUCAGGUGAUUCUUAGCACCUGCUGUCCACUCGCCAGGACUAGAAAUAAAAACCUUCCCUAGG